AUGACCCAAAAGGAAGUCAAAAUCAAUAAAAGGAAGAAAUGCCGAAAAGCAAAACAAGUGGAGAAUGAGUACGAGAAUCGCGGCACUCGCAGGAGAGCAUUGCUACUUAGCAGCGACGAUGUCGAUAGAAUGGCAGUGGAGAGCUCACGGGCGAGGCUGAUCAACCACUUAGUCAGCAAGUCCGAUGAACAUCCUCACAGAGAGUUCUCGUCCUACUACCGAAGGUCCAGCAAAUUUCGAGAGCCUCCCUUCUCGGUUACAUCGCACGCCAAUCGGGAACCCUUUCUAAAAGUUCCGUACGUAGUUCCUGCUUACCAGUCUGUCGUGCAGUCUCCGCGGUGGUGCUCCCUCUCCCACACCAUGGCUACUUCACCUCAAGGUUCUUAUACAGAGAGAAUGGAAAUUCCCCCGUUCGUAUGCAAAUGUGCAAACUGCACGUCAGCGAAAUGUCCCGGCAGGAAGAGCAACACGUGUAAGACACGCAAGUUUAAGAGCAACAUUACGACCUUCUGUGACCAAUGCACGAUGACGCAGAACGUGCAUGAUGUCGCUUGUGGUCGGACACCCAUUCCUUCGACGCCUAUUCGUUCCGAUGCGGUGCCGCCAUGUUGUUCAUCUAUGUUAGCCAUCAUAAGUAAGCAUUGUAAACAAAUGCAUGGCCGGAACGCCAUGGCUCCUGCACCAAACAGAGGUUGCUUAUACUGUAUGAAAAACAAAGCCUUUUGUGAUAUUGAACCGUGCAGAAACCAGUCUGUAAAAUGUUUUUUUAAGAAAGAACAGGACGAGUGCUCAGAUUGCCCAGAAAUAUUUUCAAGAAAGAAUAUUUACAAUGAGGGUAUUAGCGACGCCGUCGCGGGUGGUUUCGCCCCAUGUGCUAGGACUGUGCCCACUUCACCUAGAUGUAGCAGCAGGACUUCAAUUUCGAGCUCCUCCACAAAUAGCAAUAUUCCCCAUUCGCACAGGAACGAAUCCAAAUACCACAAGCAUUGCGUAGAUCCGCCUGACAGAAUAUUUGUCCAGGACAAUAGCUCGGCGACGACGAGAGGCCACUACACCGACGCAAACCCAAAGUUGGUUGCCAGGGGUUCAUGCGGAGCCAGGGCCUGCAGACAUCACGCGCCAGUGGCGCAUAACAUCAAGAUGCCGAAGAAAGUGCUGACGUCAGAACGAGUCCUGGAUCAUGGCACUGAUAGAUUUCCUUGUCAUAAAACGCCAUGCAGGAGAAAAUAA